AUGGCAGACACAAAGGCCCUCAUUGUGGCCCUCUCCGGCUGCUCCUCCAGCGGCAAAACGACUCUCGCUCGCCUCCUCCGCGACAUCUUCCCCAGCACCUUUAUCCUGCACGAAGAUGACUUUUACAGGCCCGAGACUGAACUCCCCAUGAAAGACGGCCUUCUCGACUGGGACUGUGCCGAAGCCAUCGACAUCCCCGCCAUGGCCGAAGCCCUCUCUUAUAUCCGCCAACACGCAUCAUUUCCCCCAACUCUCGACUCCAAAGAAGACCAAAACUCCGUCGGCAAAUGCCCCGUCUCAUCCACCACAAUCUCCGCCCUCAAGUCCAAAGUCUCCUCCCACCUAUCUUCAACCCACCCCCUGAGCGCGGCCACCAUCCGCCUCUGCCUUCUAGACGGCUUCCUCCUCUAUCCACCCUCCAUGGCCGCCAUCAAGCCCCAUCUCGACGUCAAAGUCUUCCUGCGUGCGUCCUACGAGAGGGCAAAGGCCCGUCGUGAGGCACGAGACGGAUACGUCACGCUUGAGGGCUUCUGGGCCGAUCCCCCUGGCUACGUCGACAAGAUUGUCUGGCCAAACUACGUGGCGGAGCAUUCGUGGAUGUUUGAGGAUGGAGAUGUAGAGGGCAAGUAUAAGGCUGAUGUGCUCGAACAAGAGACAAUCAGAGUGCCAGACGGAGGGCCCUUGGAUGGCGACAUGGACACGAUUUUGGCAUGGUUGGUAGAUCUGAUACUACAAGAGUUGGACAAGCACGCCUAG